UUGAACUGAGAACAAGCAAAAUUUCUGCAUGAAUAUAUAUUUUGAGAGGACAAGGGACUGUAUGUAGAUAAAGGUUGCGCGAUAGUUAGCUACAUUUAUUGAAUUUAGUCAAACAGCAUGUCGCGCUAAUGUCGGUUUUCAUGCAGAAGAUGAUUUUUUUUGCAUCCACGUUAAAAAUAGGGUUUUAAAUUUGCAGCUCCGACUUACGUUGUUGCCAUCUCAACACCACCGACGUGUGUGUGAUAACUUAUGCUACUGUACUAGCUAGCUUGCUAACAGAGUGACUUGUUUGGUGAACCAGAAACUGAGGAUAACAUGUCAGGAUCAAACCAAGGACAAGGAAUCGCGGUUGAUGUUCCACUGCCAGAAUACCAAAACCAAGAAAAUAUGCUGUCCAGACUGAGGGGUCCAAUUAAAAACCGGGUGGACAACCAGGAGAACAUUGUCCCCAAAGCACCACAGAGAACUGUUCUGGGAGGUUUGCAAAACAACCAAUGCAGCAAACUUCAAACUCGCGGCACAAAACAGGUGCUGUCCUGCAAAAGUGAAAAUGAAGUACCUAAAAGUUAUGCAGAGAAGCUGGGCACCAAGCAGCCAGCUUUUCAGAUUCACCUGGAUGAGCCAGAUGCUGCCUUCUCCAGGAAAAGGGUGUCCCUCAAAGCCAAGCCCUCCACAGAGAUUUCCCCCCUAAAACUGAACCCAACAGUUACAUGUCUCAGGCAGCCUCUCGCCUCUCUUGACAUACCUGUGACAUGUUUGUCAAACAUGGAUGGCAGUUUUGGUGAUUGUCCCAUGGAUAUGUCAGUUAUUGAAGGUGAAGAGAAGCCAGUGGACAUGAACGCAGCAACAGAGUAUGCUUCAGAAAUACAUGCGUAUCUUAGGGAAAUGGAGGUUAAGUCCAGACCAAAAGCAGGCUACAUGAAAAAGCAGCCAGAUAUCACCUACAGCAUGCGAGCUAUCCUUGUUGACUGGCUGGUGGAGGUUGGUGAGGAGUACAAGCUCCAGAACGAGACUCUAUACCUUGCUGUGAACUACAUCGACCGUUUCCUGUCUUCCAUGUCAGUCCUGCGGGGGAAGCUGCAGUUGGUCGGAACCGCUGCCAUGCUGUUGGCCUCGAAAUUCGAAGAGAUCUACCCCCCGGAGGUGGCAGAGUUUGUUUACAUCACGGACGACACCUACACCAAAAAGCAAGUGUUGCGGAUGGAGCAUCUGGUGCUGAAAGUGCUCUCCUUUGAUCUGGCCUCUCCCACCAUCAACCAGUUUCUCACCCAGUACUUUCUCACCCAGCCUGUCAGCAACAAGGUGGAGAGCUUGUCAAUGUUCCUAGGGGAGCUCAGUCUAGUAGACUCUGACCCAUUCCUAAAGUACCUCCCCUCUCAGACCGCUGCUGCUGCCUUUAUUUUGGCAAACCACACUAUAACAGGAGGCUCAUGGUCCAAGUCUCUGGCGGAGGUGACAGGCAACUCUUUAGAAGACCUGAUGCCAUGCAUAGAGGAUCUGUACCAAAUGUACCUCAAUGCUGCUACUCAUGCGCAGCAGUCAGUGAGGGAGAAGUACAAGGGCGCAAAGUACGAAGAGGUCUCUCUCAUCGAGCCCCCCACGAAACUGUCAUUGAAAUGAUUUUAUAUUUUUUGUGCUCGCCAAUGCCAAACUGUAUUUCCCUUUGCAUAUUUAUAUUUUUACUGCGUUUCACAUAUUGCCAGAAUUUCAAUAACUUAACUCUGCUCGGCUGCGGUCUAGGGCAUGUGGACAACAUUUAAAAAAAAAUUGUAAUGUGCAUUUUAUAUGUACGAUCCUGUAGGAUAAGGAUUGUCUUUUUUAUGCUUGACGCAGCCCUGAGCUUUAAUGUAGUUAAUCAAGCAAUGUCAUGUUUGACUUUGUCUUACUAGACAAAUGUUUUUAACUGCUAAAAAGCUGUAAAGAUGAGUCUUUCACUGUCUGCAUUCUUGUAAUAAAACCGCAGCUUAUUUCCCCUCUUCAACUAAUAGACACUUGUGAAUAUUUCCUGACAUCUCUGACUAACCAUGGUUGGGUUUUCUAUGACAACUUUAUUUUAUAUGGAUGUGGUUGAAUUGUUAUUUUUAUAGUACAAAUGUAUUCUGGUUAAUGGUAUUCUAGGAGAAGUUGGACGCAUAAGUCUAGGUAGUUUGGCUCGACAUUCUGCGGAACAGUGUCUGCCUUUUUUUUUUUUUUUUUUAAUUUUUAUCACUUGCCUUGUGCAAAGGUAUGUGUUUUAUUGGUUAUCAAUCAAGGCAUCAUUCGCUCUGUAAAAUGUCUCGUAAAUAAAUUCCAUUCCCACAGAC